AUGACCGUUAUGGCAGUAUCGAUUGAUGAAAUACGUGAAAGUAUUAACAUGGCUCGUGAGAUGGCUUUAACCGGAAAUUACGAUUCGUCAUUAGUGUAUUAUGAAGGAGCCAAGUUACAAUUGGGACGAUUCUUGUCUACUGUUGAUAUUCAAACACGUCGAGAAACCUGGCGAAGUAUUCAACGUCAGAUUAAUGAUGAAUGUGAACAAUUAAAAUUGUAUUCAAACACCUUAAAUAAAUUAAAACAGUUACGAAGCAACGACUACGAAAGGAAUGAGAGGCCACUGAGUGCAUCUACUCCAGCAUUGAAUAGAAAUAAUAGAAGUGAGAGAAAUGAAGAUAUAUCACCCGUUGAUGGAUUGUCAUGGUUUGGUACAACCCGUCAACAGGUUAAUGGCAGUGGCUCCCUAGAAUGGCCCCCAGCAAAUAAUAAUGACCCUGAUGUGUGGCCACCUCCUUCACCCGUUGAACAUAGACCCGGGCCACAAGUUAGGCCACAAAAAACAUCUCGACGUAAUGAAACAUCACGAGUGGCCAAUAGAAAUCAAAAAAUUGGACCAAACAAUACCCGUAACAGUGCCACUAGAUCUCAGAUAGCAAAAAAAAAUGAUGAUGUCAAAAAAGGUCCGAAAAAAGAUACUAAUGGUCAUAAUACAAACGGAACGAGUGAUAAAAGUGAAAAAGAUAAGGAUGAAAAAGAAGUUUUGAAACCAGAUGAAAAACGGUUUGAUUGUUCUUCUUAUGAUCAAGACCUUGUCGAUAUGCUAGAAAGAGAUAUUGUACAGAAAAACCCUAAUAUAAGAUGGACUGACAUAGCUGAAUUAGAUGAAGCUAAACGUCUCUUAGAAGAAGCAGUAGUACUUCCUAUGUGGAUGCCAGAUUUUUUUAAGGGAAUUCGGCGGCCUUGGAAAGGAGUCUUAAUGGUUGGCCCUCCCGGAACGGGGAAAACAAUGCUUGCAAAAGCUGUGGCAACCGAGUGCAGAACUACUUUCUUUAAUGUAUCCUCAUCAACACUAACUUCUAAGUAUAGAGGUGAAUCUGAGAAACUUGUCAGGCUCCUAUUUGAAAUGGCAAGGUUUCAUGCUCCAUCAACGAUAUUCAUUGAUGAAAUAGAUUCUCUUUGUUCGCGGAGAGGCUCAGAGUCUGAACAUGAGGCAUCCAGAAGAGUGAAAUCUGAACUCUUAGUCCAAAUGGAUGGCUUAAGUGAUACAAGUACAGAAGAAGAAUCAGGGGCUAGCCGUAUUGUGAUGGUACUGGCAGCUACCAAUUUCCCUUGGGAUAUAGAUGAGGCACUUAGGCGUAGACUGGAGAAACGUAUAUAUAUUCCUCUACCCAACAGUGCUGGUCGAGAAGCGCUACUGAGAAUAAAUCUUAGGGAUGUUAAAGUAGAACCUGAUGUAAACUUAACAGAGAUAGCUACCAAACUUAAAGGUUACUCUGGGGCAGAUAUCACAAACGUUUGCAGGGACGCUUCUAUGAUGUCAAUGAGACGUAAGAUUGCUGGAUUAAAACCUGAUCAGAUUCGGCAAUUAGCCAAAGAAGAAGUGGAUUUGCCAGUGUCCUACCAAGAUUUUAAUGAAGCAAUAGCAAAGUGCAACAAAAGUGUUUCGUCAGAUGAUUUGACCAAAUAUGAAAAGUGGAUGGGCGAAUUUGGAUCUUCUUAA